AUGAAUUCCCAAGGACAAUCCACAAGCAACAGCUCGACAAGUUCAUUUGUUGAUGCCCCAGAUGCCUCUGACACACUCAACACGGUGGAAGUCACAGAUGAUAGAGAUACUUUAAGAGAAGAGCCAUUAUCCACUCCAAACGUUAGUCAAAUUCAAUCAAGUGAUGCUGAUCAGACAAUAAAACACGACCUAGACGAUGAUGAAGAACAGAAGAAGAACGUGGUAACUAUUUUUGAUGUUGCUACCGAGAUUGAAACUAUGUUGAAUGAUAUUGUAUGUAUUACGAAGGAAAUUCAAGGGGAAGAAAAAGUGGGACUAACCAGAUGUAUUUAG